CGGUCAGAUCGAACGGUCAGACAGAGUUAGUGCAGUGGUUAGUCUUCCUGGUUCCAGAACAAGAGCGAGCAGCAGAUCUAGCGCCAUGAUUAAGUUUAGCUUCGCGAUACUGUGCUGUUCGGCACUUUUACUGCUUGACGCAACCGCUCAAGAUUACCCGCAUUCGCCAUUCGCCGGAAGGAGAAACGUUGACUUCGAUCUUCAGUUCAUUCAGGAAAUUUUUAAAACCCAAAACACCAACGUUGUGCUGUCGCCGUUUUCGGUGAAGAUUCUGUUGACCCUUAUCUACGAGGCCUCGGAUACGAGCAUCGGAACGUCAUCGUCCAACACCAAGAAGGAGCUGCGAGUGGUGCUGCCAUCCGAUAACAUCGACAGCACGCGCGACUCUUACAGGGAGCUGCUCGCCUCGGCUCAGGUGCAGAACAAGGACUUUGAUCUCAACAUUGCCACCAACUUCUUCGUGGACAACUUCAUCGAGGUGAUCAACAAGUACCAGCAGAUUGCAAAGGCAUACUACGAUGCGUCGGUCGAGAAGGUGUCGUACCAGAACCCGACGGAGGCCGCCAACACCAUCAACCGCUGGGUGUCGGAGUCGACGAAGGGCCGGCUGAAGGAGAUUGUCACGCCGGACGGUCUGGACGGUGCCAUCAUCACGCUGAUCAACGUGAUCUACUUCAAGGGCCUGUGGUCGUACCCGUUCCCGGAGACACCGAACAAUCGGAAGCCGUUCUUCCGCUCCCAGGGUAAACCGACGAACGUCCAGUACAUGGAGCAGAACGGUCAGUUCUACUACGACGAUUCGGAUCUGCUCGGUGCCCAGAUCCUUCGGAUGCCGUACCGUGGCAAUAAGCUGGGCAUGUACAUCAUCUUGCCGCACCAGGGCAACACCAUCCAGCAGGUGAUCGAUCGCACCAACGGUGAUGUGCUCCAUCAGGCACUCUGGGUUAUGGAUGAGAGCGAAGUCAAUGUGACCAUUCCCAAGUUUAAGAUUGAGUUCAGCGAACAGCUUAACGAUCCUCUGCAGCAGAUUGGCAUUCGUGAGAUCUUCUCAGUAAACGCAUCGCUACCGCUGCUGGCACGCGGUGUCGGAGCACGCAAUGAAGUGCGCGUCUCGCGUAUCUUCCAAAAGGCUGGCAUCACCAUCAAUGAGCUGGGCAGUGAGGCGUACGCUGCUACCGAGAUCCAGCUGGUCAACAAGUUCGGUGGUGAUGGUGUGCAGAUCUUCAACGCUAACCGUCCCUUCAUUUUCUUCAUCGAAGAUGAAACCCUCGGAACGAUGCUGUUUGCGGGCAAGGUUGAGGAUCCCCAUGUCUAACCACGGAAAUAAGAAUCAGAUAAAGCGAGAGAGAUAGAGAGAGAGUGAGAGGAAAUGACAAAGGGCGAGCCAUCGUUUGUCUUAGGCGUUCUUUGAUAGCACCCUUAAGCGAUAGCACACAGCACAACACUGGCAAUAAAGACCCAUCUGAUGAUAAAGAAGAAUCGAUUCUCGAUCAGCU